UGCCUGAGAGUCCCUGUGUGGCCGCGCUAGCUCGGUUCCGGGUUCUUUCGCUUCAGUGGCGGCGUCGGAGGGGCGGAGGCUGGCAUUCUGUCCUGUUUCCGGACUAUCUCUAUGGUGUGGGAGCGACCCGACCCCCAGAAGAUUGUGGGUGUAGUGGCCACAGCCUGAAGCGGCAGGCGAGGGGGGUUGGUGUCAACAGGGGGCGAAAAGGGGCCCGAAGCCAAGUCCCUCGGCCUCGUCCCCCGCCGCCCUCCCGCAGAUCUGCUUGGCUUUGAGGAAUAGCUGCAGUACUGCCCCACCUCAUAAGGGAUGGGAUCAGAGAACAGUGCUUUAAAGAGUUAUACACUGAAAGAACCACCAUUUACCUUGCCCUCUGGACUUGCAGUUUAUCCCGCUGUACUGCAGGAUGGCAAAUUUGCUUCGGUUUUUGUGUAUAAGAGACAAAAUGAAGACAAGGUUAAUAAAGCUGCCAAGCACUUGAAGACACUUCGUCAUCCUUGCUUGCUAAGAUUUUUAUCUUGUACUGUGGAAGCAGAUGGCAUUCAUCUUGUCACUGAGCGAGUGCAGCCUUUGGAAGUAGCUUUGGAAACAUUAUCUUCUGCAGAGGUGUGUGCUGGGAUCUAUGACAUAUUGCUGGCUCUUAUCUUCCUUCAUGACAGAGGACACCUAACACACAACAAUGUCUGCUUAUCAUCUGUGUUUGUGAGUGAAGAUGGGCACUGGAAGCUGGGAGGAAUGGAAACUGUUUGUAAAGUUACUCAGGCCACACCAGAGUUUCUGAGAAGCAUCCAGUCAGUAAGGGACCCAGCAUCUAUCCCUCCUGAAGAGCUGUCUCCAGAAUUCACAACUCUUCCAGAGUCUUAUGGACAUGCCCGGGAUGCCUUUUCAUUUGGAACAUUGGUGGAAAGUUUGCUCACAAUCUUAAAUGAACAGGUUUCAGCGGAUGUUCUCUCCAGCUUUCAACAGACCUUGCACUCAGCUUUGCUGAAUCCCAAUCCAAACUGUCGGCCAGCGCUCUGCACCUUACUAUCCCAUGACUUCUUCAGAAAUGAUUUUCUAGAAGUUGUGAAUUUCUUGAAAAGUUUAACAUUGAAGAGUGAAGAGGAGAAAACUGAAUUCUUCAAAUUUCUGCUGGACAGAGUCAGCUGCUUGUCAGAGGAAUUAAUAGCUUCAAGGCUGGUGCCUCUCCUGCUUAAUCAGUUGGUGUUUGCAGAGCCAGUAGCUGUUAAGAGUUUUCUUCCUCAUCUGCUUGGCCCCAAAAAAGAUCAUGCACAAGGAGAAACACCUUGCUUGCUCUCACCAGCCCUGUUCCAGUCGCGAGUGAUCCCUGUGCUUCUCCAGUUGUUCGAGGUUCAUGAGGAGCACGUGCGGAUGGUGCUCCUGUCUCACAUUGAGGCUUACGUGGAGCACUUCACUCAGGAGCAGCUUAAGAAAGUCAUCUUGCCACAGGUAUUGCUGGGCCUGCGUGAUACCAGUGAUUCCAUUGUGGCAAUUACUCUUCAUAGCCUAGCAGUGCUGGUCUCUCUACUUGGACCAGAGGUGGUUGUGGGAGGAGAAAGAACCAAGAUCUUCAAACGCACUGCCCCAAGUUUUAUUAAAACUAUUGACCUUUCCCUAGAAGGUGAUCAGUUUUCUCAGCCUAUUAAGUUUCCCAUGAAUGGAAUUUCAGAUGUGAAAAAUAUUUCAGAGGACAGCGAAAACUUCCCAUUGAGUUCUAAAAAGUCUGAGGAAUGGCCUGACUGGAGUGAGCCUGAGGAGCCUGAAAACCAAACUGUCAACAUACAGAUUUGGCCUAGAGAACCAUGUGAUGCUGUCAAGUCCCAGUGUACUACCUUGGAUGUAGAGUCGUCUUCUUGGGAUGAUUGUGAGCCCAGCAGCUUAGAUACUAAAAUAAACCCAGGAGGUAGAAUCACUGCUGCAAAACCUGUCACCUCUAGGGAGCACAAGCCCAUUCCUGCUUUGCUUCCACUCACCGAAGAGUCUAAGCCUUGGAAAUCAAGCCAACCCCAAAACAUUAGUCUUACACAAAGCAGGGAUGACCCAGACCAAAUCAAGCCACCAAAAGGGUUGUCACAAGAAAAGCCCCUUAAGGUUCCUUUGGAAUUUGGUUUAGGAGAGGAAUUUACCAUUCAAGUAAAAAAGAAGCCAGUACAAGAUCCUGAGUUGGAUUGGUUUGCUGAUAUGAUCCCAGACAUUAAGCCUUCAGCUGCUUUUCUUAUUUUACCCGAACUGAGGACAGAAGUGAUGGUCCCCAACAAAGAUGAUGUCUCACCAGUGAUGCAGUUUUCCUCAAAAUUUGCUGCAGCAGAGAUUACUGAGGGAGAGGCUGAAGGCUGGGGAGAAGAAGGGGAACUGAACUGGGAAGAUAAUAACUGGUGACAAUAGAUGUGAGUGAAACUUUAGGAAAAUUUCUAAAAAAUCAAAUACCUCAAAAGCAGGCUCUAUGGACAAGAAAACCCCAAAGUGGCCUGUUUUUCCCAUACCAGGAGCUCUUUUUCCAGUCUGUGCCAACUGAAGUGUGAGACCGACCUCGAGUGCUGGCUAAAACGCUGGGUGGUAAAGAGGCUCGCGGUACUGGUUUCCAGGAGGAAGAGCCUGUGUGCUUUGCCUGAGGCCAAUUUCUAUGAAGAGCAAGUAGCUGAGUAAAGUUUGAAUUUACAGCUUUUUCCAGGACAAUUCUGGAAGUAAAGAAAAUAAAUAUAAAAAUUCGAGCUGGUUAGCUUAAUUUCGUGCCAUUUCUUUUAACAGAAGAGUAAGCUCUAUUAUGAAAUACAGUUUACUGAAAAAAAAUUUUAGCUAUAAAUUAUAUAAAUGAUUUUAAAUUGCUAAGGUUUCCUUAGGCAGCUUAUUUAUUUGUUUACAGUUGUACUAUCUAAGUGAAUGGUCCUGCGUGGACCCUGGGCAGUUACUGACUGUUCCACGUGUAUUACGUUGUACCAAAAAGUUCUUAAUGAGAAAUAUCCCCCACAAUCCUGUUCUCUAAAUGUCAAAUAAAGACUAUUUUCAGUAGA